AUGGCACAAAGUCUGAGACUUGAAGAACUGCUUGCAGGCCUUGAAAAUGAGAAUUACACAAAGGAACCGUUAUCUAAUGUCGCUCCAACGUUACGUGGUUAUAAUAUGAUUUGGAAGUUAUGGGAGAACUAUAUUACACGACUUGGUGAUAUUAGCUCGAAACCAAUUUUGAGGGUUAUCAAAGGAUUUUUUACUAUGCUUGCAAGGGAGCGUACUGGCUUGCUCGGUGACCGUCUUUCUGUCAAGACAUUGAUUCAGUAUGCAAUCCGAUUUAAAUCUGUGUAUGAGCGAAAGCAUAAUGAAGAUCUAGAAUCGAUGGAUGAGCUUCGCAAUUUUAUAAAAACAACUCUUGCAAAGAGUCUUGGUCUGAGUACGAAAACCCGUCCAAAGCCUAUCGCCAGUCUCAACGAUCUACAAGAUAUACUUAGCUAUCUAUGGAUGAACGAUCCGGUCAAUUUUGUAUAUAAACGAGCUAGGAUUCAGAUUGCUUUGUUGAUCUUGAUACUUGUCUAUACUGCCGCACGCCCCGGUGCCAUCAUUGAAUCACAUGCAUAUUACAUGACUGGGCAAGCUAUGUCGUAUAAGGACAUCAAAUUCACUUUGCUCCAAAAUCCGGAUGGUGGUCGCCCCCUCAUGAGCCUCCUGCUCAUGUUCAACCUCAGAAAAAAUGAGCGGGGUGAUGAUGGAGAGGUUUACAAGCAACAGAUAUUUGAAGAUCUCACAUCCAGGGAAAUGUGUCCGGUCACAUUGUUCCUUGCUUUAGCUUUUGCUGAUGAUGCUUUUGCAAAUGUGAAAAAUAUCGAGGAGUUGUAUGAUCCUAAGAUAUGUACUGCAAAGUACAUCGAUAUUUCUUUUAAAGAAAGUAUUUUGGACACACCUUUGUUCCGGAAUAAUCGAACGAUGAAAUCGUCCGAGAAAGUCGAGGCAUUGACUUACCAAGCUUUCAGCAACUCAAUGAGGAGCCUCGCACAACAGACCGGCUUCAAGGAUAUCUUCACAUCUUAUGUGAUAAGACGUACUUCAGCUAACAUUCUAAAUCAGCAUAUUACCGCUGCAGAAAGAGGCAAAAUACUCGGACAUUCCAAUGAUAAAAUCUUUCAGAAAAGCUAUCUUGCUUCUCAUUCUGAUAUUGAUUUGCAAAGUCUAACCCGUGGGCAAGAACAACGUACACAACAGAUCAACUUUGCUCGCAGUCUAAAUGCAAAUCGCGGUUCACCAUUAGGUCUUAUAACAAAGGAGUUUGUGGAAGCCAUCGCCAAGGACCCAAAAUUACUUGCGGCGACGAAGCGGAUCGAAGAUGCGAGAACAGAAGGAUGUGCUCUGAAGAUAAGUAGCGAAAUCAAAAAAUUACGCAGCAUACGAAGGGAUGUAGUCAACAAACAUGCCUUGGAGACACCUCUCGAACAGAUAAUGGGAACACGGUUUAUGCCACCUUUGAGGCAAGGCAUAGUCAGUAUGCUUUAUGGGAAGGGGAAGAUGACUUACCGCCCCGGUCAGACUUGGUCAGAAGCCUACAAAAGUUGUGCCAGAGCAUGGGGAAAGAUGUAG